AUGCCGUCGACACACUUGAAUCUACGUGAGGAUGAUGUCGUUCGUCUUGCUCUGGAGUUCUUACACAAUCGCGACCUGCACAUAACGCAGUUGUCCCUGGAGCGAGAGACGGGUGUUAUUAAUGGAAAUUUCGCUGAUGACGUUCUUUUCCUACGUCAACUUAUCCUAGACGGCCAGUGGGAUGACGUACUAGAAUUUAUUCAACCGCUUAGCGCACUAAAAGCUUUUGAAGCAAAUAAAUUUAAUUACGCUAUACUUAGACAUAAAUAUAUAGAACUUUUGUGCAUUAGAUCUGAAAUAAAGGCGUACAACAAUGUUGAGAACAUUGUUGACGAAGUAGUAAAAGUUCUUAGCGAUCUAGAGAAACUAGCACCUUCUAAAGAAGAAUAUUCUAAUUUAUGUUUACUUUUAACUCUUCCUAGUAUAACUGAUCACGCACAAUUUAAAAAGUGGAACCCGAGUAACGCUAGGGUUCAAUGUUUUAGAGAGGUGUACCCUCUCGUAGAACAAUUUUUGCCCUGUGAUAAAAAAUCUUCAUCGGGCGGUGCACCUGCUAAAUGUGCUAAGAACGACCGCUUAAUGCAAUUGCUGAUUAAGGGAAUACUAUACGAAUCAUGUGUGAACUAUUGUCAAGCGAAAGCUACGGGUUCGAAAGAGGCACAAUCGAAUGAAGUCAAUUUUUCACGACUUCUAGAUGGUUCCGGAUUCGAUGAAUCAGAUUUAAGUCUGCUGUCAUGGUUGCAGUCUAUACCCGCAGAGACUUUCAGUGUACCAUUCGAACAGAGAAUGUUGAAUGUCGAUGUCGAGAAAUUGGAACGUCCGUCUUUGCAUACAUCUUGGACAGAACACAUGCUCGUGACGCCUAUAAAACCACGUACAUUCCCACACUUGGCGAUGCCGUUUAGGAGACCUAGGUCUGCGGCAGACGCCAUGACUAGGUCACUUCGACCUCUGCCCGAUGGUGCACCUCGUCAUCCAGCGGUCAUGGCGUUAUCUGCCAUCGACUAUGGACCGUCAUCGUCGUAUUUCGCCGGCUUCCAUCUAACUGGCAUCAAAGGCAGUAAAUUAAUGAACACGUCAGUUGAUAGACUAUUCGAUAUUAAAAACGGGGACAGUAUUUACAAUGGACUAAAUGAAACGUUGAAGCCAAUUGACGAACAAUUGAAGCCGAUUGGCGAGUAUACAAAGACGAGCGAAGUGAGUAGUAUUGGUGCAUCAAAUGCUACGACACCAGAGCAUAGAGGACAGGAUUACUCAGCGUCUACAUCGAUAUCUACCGCAGCUGUUUCUGCUGAACGUCCCUCAGUACAGGACAGACCUCAGCAGUUCGAGGUACCACCUGGAGGGGACGGUGACUUCAGGAGGGAGUUACUAAAGGAGUACCAAAUUCAAAAGCAACGUGAAUGUGACGAUUACCUGCGCAACCUCUGUUCUUCUGAAAUACGGCCACAGAAACCGAUGGAGCAGACAGGUGAUGCUGCGUCUGCGUUUCCCCCAGCUGCCAAUUAUAAUCCACCAAAUACAGAACAUAAUCAGAAAAUACAAGACCAUUCGCAGUAUAUGAGGCCAAACGACAUAAGCGAAUCGAUCGAAAUACCAAACUCGGCAAAUAAUUAA